GGGGGGCAGGAAAAAGCAAAGGAUCCCGGGGCGGGCGAUGGAUCCAUGGGGGGAGGAAGAGGAGGAUGAGGAGGAGCCGGAGCCGGAGGUGAUUUUUGGGGAUGAGGGGGAGGAAGAUCCCUACGACCCCAACGGGAUCCAGGGAACGCCGGACUCGGACCCGGCGCUGGCGGCCGCUCCGGAGGUGGUGGAGCUGGAGCCCGGCGCGCUCUUGGCGAGCGCCGAGCUCUCGGAGCGGGAGACGCUGCGCUGGACCGUGGUGCAGCAGAUCGACCCCGGCACGUCGGCGAAGGGCCGGCGGAGCGGGAGGAGCGCCAAGUCGCAGAGUUUCUCCAACUUCAAGAGCAUCAUCGUGCUCCAGAAGAGCUACGAGUGCGCCGAGUGCGGCAAGAGCUUCAGCUGCAGCUCCCACUUCUCCAAGCACCGCCGGACGCACACCGGCGAGAAGCCGUUCCGCUGCGCCCACUGCGGCAAGAGCUUCAACGUCUCCUCCAACCUCUACCGGCACCAGCGCGGCCACGGCAGCGCCGAGGCGGCGCCAGAAAAGCCACGUGGCCUUCCCUACACGUGUCAGGAGUGCGGGAAGAGUUUCCGGCGCAACAAAGAGUUGGCCACGCACCGGCGGCUCCACACCGGCGAUUUGCCUUUCCGGUGCGGCGACUGCGGCAAGAGCUUCUCUUGGAGCUCCCAUUGGCUUCGGCACCAGCGCAUUCACACCGGCGAGAAGCCCUACGAGUGCCCCGAGUGCGGCAAGAGCUUCUCCAGGAGUUCCCACCUCUACCGGCACCAGCGCGGCCACGCCGGCGGCCGCUCCUACAUCUGCACCUACUGCGGGCGCAGUUUCGGCAGCAUCCUCCACUUCGAGCGGCACCAACGGACGCACACCGGCGUCCGGCCCUACAAGUGCUCGCUGUGCCGCAAGAGCUUCGGCGACGCGCCGGCGUUGGUGAAGCACCAACGCAUCCACCUGGGCGAGGGCCCGUUCCGCUGCGAGGAGUGCGGCAAAGGCUUCGGCGCGCGCUCGCAGUACGCGCGGCACCGGCGCAGCUCCCACGGCGGGCCCGGCGCCGAGAAGCCGUACCGGUGCGGGGACUGCGGGAAGAGUUUCUCCUGGAGCUCCCACUGGGAGCGGCACCAGCGGAUUCACACCGGCGAGAAACCCUACGAGUGUCCUGAGUGCGGCAAGAGCUUCGGGAGGACGUCCCACCUCUACCGGCACCAGCGGACGCACGCCGGGGGCCGGCCCCACGUCUGCGGCGAGUGCGGGAAGAGUUUUAAUUCCACCCUGCACUUCCAGAAGCACCAGCGAGCGCACGGAGCCGGAGCCCGGAAAAGCUGCGGCGAGUGCGGGAAAUCCUUCGCCGAUCCGUCGGCGUUGGCCAAGCACCAACGGGUCCAUGAGGAGUUCCAGAAAAGUGGGGAAUCCUUGGUGGAAUCCCAAAAAUGUGGGGAAUCCUUGGCUGAUUCUUCAUUGUUGGCCAAGCAUCAACGGGUCCACAAGGAAUCCCAAAAAAGUGGGGAAUCCUCGGUGGAAUCCCAAAAAAGUGGGAAAUCCUUGGUGGAAUCCCAAAAAAGUGGGGAAUCCUUGGUGGAAUCCCAAAAAAGUGGGGAAUCCUCGGUGGAAUCCCAAAAAUCCUGCUCCGAAUGUGGAAGAACCUUCGGAGACCCGUCAGCAUUGGCCAAGCACCGAUGGCUCCACGAUCCCGGCCGGAAUUUUGGGACGGGAUCCCAGCUCCGGAGGCAGCUCCGGAGUCACAAAGAGGAGGAAAUGCCGGAAGGGUGAAAAGAAAAUUCGGGAAAUUUUUCCGCGGGAAGCGUUCCCGACAUCGCCGGCCGUAGUUUUGAGUAGGGUAGAGUAGGAAAGUAGGGUAGAUACAGAAAAAAAAGAUGGAAUUUCCGUUUUUUCCGGAAAAAAAUCCCGCCCUGUGUGAGUUUUCCCAGGAAAAAAUAAAUCCGUGGGAUGGAGUUGGAGAAAAUCCAGGAAUUUUGGGUGGUUUUUGGGAUUUUUUGGGGGGGGCGAAAGCCGCGAUCCGGAGGUUUUGUGGAAAAUCCGGAAUUCCGGGUGGUUCCGUAAUUUAUUGUAUUUAUUCAACAGGAAGAUCCCGAAAAAUCGGGAAGGAAAUGCCGAAAUCGGGAUGGAAAAUUGGGGGAAAAAAUUGGAUUUGAUCCCAAAAAUCCUCUUGGAUCGGGGUGGGGGCCAAGCGGGAAUUCCGGGGCUUUUCCCGGCGGUUUUUUUGGAUUUUUUGGAGUUCUCUUCUUUGUUUGUAAUGUGAAUAAAAAUUAGAUUUAGCGAGGAA